UAUAUGACAAACCAUCAAAUUCAAGGAUAAAUUCAUAUGUUUGUUUAUUAACUGAAUUUAAAUUGUAAUGGUAUAAUUUGAGCAUAGUAUUUUAAUCAUGGUAAUAACCAUAUUGAAUUAAUUAAAAAUGCUGAAACUGAUAGUGAUGCAGAAGGUUGGUUGUAUGAACAAAUGAACUGUAAUUCCUUUAGCAAAAAUGAGCAUGUAUUAGCCCAUUGCUUUCAAUGGGAAAAACAUUAGUGGUACAAAGUUAGUGUUCAUCAGCAAAGCAGAGGAGAAAGAGUGGUUGACAUAAAACAUGUAGUUGAUUGGAAAUAACUCUGGGUUGUUGGAGAAAAGUUUGUUCUAACAGAUUAACUAAAGUUACUGCACAGUAACAGCAUGUCCCACUGCUUAAACAUUCUUUUACAAUAAUCUGAUUUCAAGUUACCUAUCAAAUGUUCCUCAUAUUUGAUGUUCAUCUAUCGCUGCAGAAAAAAUCCAAGAUGACCUCCUCUCGCAGAAUGCAUCUGAAGAGCUUGCUGCUCUCACUAGCCAAAACUGCGAUUGAGAAGGAAGAAGCAGAUCGGAUAGCGGAGAAGGAGAGGUACAUGGCAGAACAUUGUGCAGCCGUGCAAGUUCAUGGGAUUUCAAUGGCAGAAUUACAGGAUCUAUGCAAAAAAAUUCAUGCACAGAUAGAUGUGGCUGAUGAGGAGAGAUAUGACCUGCAAACCAGAGUUGAUAAGACUGCCAAAGAGAUUGAUGACCUGAACCUGAAAGUCUUUGACCUGAAGGGCAAAUUUAAGAGACCACCCCUCAAGAGAGUGCGCAUGUCGGCUGAUGCCAUGCUGCGUGCGCUGCUGGGCUCCAAACACAAGGUGUCCAUGGACUUGAGAGCUAACCUGAAACAAGUGAAGAAAGAGGACACUGAAAAGGAGAAGGAUCUGCGGGAUGUUGGAGACUGGCGUAAGAACAUUGAGGAGAAGGCUGGAAUGGAAGGCAGAAAGAAGAUGUUUGAGGGUGCUGAAUAAAACUUCUCUAUAAAACCAAAUACUGCAUUACAUUUAAUGUUUGUAACAAAAUAUAUGUAGGUCAGUCUUGUUCUCAUUGUUAUUGGAAAUAUUUUGUGCUGAUUUAGUUAAUUUCAUUUAGAAUAAAUGAAUAAUAUAACAGCUGGAAUGAAGAGGUCAGGAUGCAUUUGAGCUUACUCCAUCUUCUUACUGCUUGACAUCAGGCAUCAGGCCACAAACUAUUGUAGCAAGAAAUGAGCAUUAUUUAGACUUGCCCUUGCCCACUUGAUAAUGUUGAAUCACAAGUUGCUAAAGGAACAAUAUGGUAAUGAAUGAAAGGAGGAACUAAGACUUAGUAUCAGGUAAAACAGCAGGACAUCUCCCUAACCAACCAGAUCGAAGUGUAAUCAAUAAAACAGGGACUGAGAGAGGAACGUACGUUUGAGCGUGUGAAUUCAUUGUCAAAUUAUACAAAGAGGAAUAAAGAGAAAAGGGAAGGAAAGGAAGAUGGGAUUGAAAGAGAGAUAAAAAGUAGACAAAGAGAAAGGUGAAGAAAGAAUUUUAAAUUUUACAUUCUUUAAAAAUCUCCAACAAUAACAGUGAUUUGCUGUCUCCAUUUGGAUUACUACCAUUAGUCAUGAACCUGCCAUCAAAUGAAGUUACUGUAUCAUUUCCAUUUAAAUAACAGCAUACACUAUAACCUCAGCUUAAUUUUGACAGUAAAUUAUGGCCCAUUAUGUGUCACCAUGCUGCCCUAGUACAUGUUAAGUGUACUUUGGAAUUACAGAAACACAAGUAAUAACUUUGUAGCAUCACUUACAAGAUCUUUUACUUUAUGAUGUACUC